ACAACAAUUCACAAACCCCACCCCUACCGCUCCACCACUCUCUCCAGCGGAACCUCUCCGCCUAGCUAUAGCCGCCGCCGCCGCUCCCGGCACACCCAUGCUCCCGCUCGCCCGCGCGGCCCUCCGCAGGAGCCUCGGCCAUGCGGGGCCCGUGGCUUCAUACGGCUCCCCACCCGCCAGCCUCCUCCUCCUCGUCGCGCCGCUCUCCUCCAAGUCGUCGUCAUCGGCCUCGCCGCCCGAGUACCAGAUGCCGUCGGUGACGUGGGGCGUCAUCCAGGGCCGCAAGGAGCGUCUCGUCUCCCGCGUCCUCGCCCUCGACUUCCUCCGCUCCGCCGGCGUCUCCGACCCGGCGGGGGAGCUGGCGGCCGUCGAGCUCCCUUCCUCCCUCGACGUGCUCCAGGAGCGCCUCGACUUCCUCCUCCGCCUCGGCCUCUCCACCGACGACCUCUCGUCCUACCCGUUCCUCCUCGCCUGCUCCCUCCGCAAGAACGUCAUCCCGGUGCUCUCCUACCUCGAGAAGCUCGGCGUCACGCGCGCCCGCCUCGCCGCCUUCGUCCGCGCCUACCCGGCCUGCCUCCACGCCUCCGUCGCCGUCGACCUCGCCCCCGUCGUCAAGGCGCUCCGGGGGCUCGACGUCGACCGCCAGGACAUCCCCCGCGUCCUCGACCGAUACCCCGACCUCCUCGGCCUCAAGCCCGACGGCACCAUCAGCACCUCCGUCGCCUACCUCGUCGGCAUCGUCGGCGUCGCCCCGCGUGACAUCGGCCCCAUGGUCACCCACUACCCUUUCUUCCUUAGCAUGCGUGUCGGCACCACCAUCAAGCCCUUGUGCGACUACAUCACCUCGCUCGGGCUGCCCAUGCGGAUCCUCGCAAGGAUUCUCGAGAAGCGGCCCUACAUCCUUGGCUAUCAUCUCCAGGAGACGGUCAGACCAAAUGUCGAGGCGUUGCUCAGCUUCGGCGUCCGCAAGGAGGUGCUGCCACUUGUGAUUGCACAGUACCCGUCUAUUCUGGGGUUGCCUCUCAAAGUUAAGCUAGCGGCGCAGCAGUACUUCUUCAACUUGAAGCUCAAAAUCGACCCUGAUGGGUUUGCCCGUGCUGUCGAGAAGCUGCCACAGCUUGUGAGCUUGCAUCAGAAUGUGAUACUCAAGCCUGUAGAAUUCCUCCGUGGACGAGGGAUCACCGAUGAGGAUGUCGGGCGGAUGUUAGUCCGGUGCCCACAGAUUCUUUUGCUGCGGAACGAGCUCAUGAAGAACAGUUUUUACUUCUUCAAGAGCGAGUUAAAGCGGCCAAUAAGUGAACUUUUGGAUUACCCGGAGUAUUUUACAUACAGCUUGGAGUCGAGGAUCAAGCCCAGGUACAUGAGAGUGGCGAGCAAGGGGAUUAGGUGUAGCUUGGAUUGGUUUCUCAACUGCAGUGAUCAGAGGUUUGAGGAAAGAAUGCGAGGGGACUUUAUUGAAGGCGAUGCACCAGGACCUUCUUUUACAAUGGGUGGGAAGCUUCAGAUGCCUGGGAGCCAGUUAGUGUCGGAUGAUGAUAUUGAGGAUAGUGAUGAUGAGGUGCUAUACAGGCGGACAGUCAUGCUCUAG